AUGCUCAGCCCGCGCGCGAGGUCUCAAGACAUGGAGGGGCCUCUCGCCGCACAGGGGAAGGGCAAGGUGGAGUGCCUCGGACCGCACGUGCCCAGCUCGGCCCCCACGCGCUGCCCCACGCUCGACGACUUGCUCACGCUCGACGACGACCAGGACGGCGAUGCGCACCAGGAGGACUGGGGCGUCGCUGCGCUUUCGAGGGGCGGCGACGAGCCGGCGCUCCUCAAGACGGCGCUCUUCGAGACCGUGCCCGUCAGGGACGAGCGCCCCGGGAGGGGGUCUGCGAUGCCAGCGCCCCCGCCGAGGCGCCUCCAGUCCGAGGCGUACUGGGAGCUGAAGGCUGCCGCCGCGCGGCGGUUGGCGUGCUCGCCUUGGGAGGUGGGCGUGCGGCCGCGUUGUCCGCGCGUCGACGAAGGCGGCUACCUCGGGCCCGCGGCGGCCGCGCCGGCGGCAGCGGAGGGCGCCGAAGGCGAGGGCCCGGCGGCGGCCGAGCCCCCAGCAGCAGGAGCCGCCCAGGGCGGAGGCGCCGAGGGCGGCCCCAGGAGCUGGGCGGGCGCCAUCUCAAGGGAGUUGCGCCGCGGGGCGCUCGUGCCGGUUGUUGCGCCUCUGGCCUCGCCGCCGGCUGCGCCGCCGCGGUCGCCCUCCGCAGCAGUCGGUGCCGCCCUGAGGUCGCGUGGCCGGUCGUACCACACAUCUAGGGGUUGCUAG